GCUUAUGGAUCUGGCAGUCCAUGGAUGAAGUGACCGUCCUGUUAGUACUGCUUUCGGUCCUCUGCAUCUUCUGACCUCGACGCCCUCGCCGUUCUGCUCGCCUUGCUCCCACGAUGAGCACGACCCUCUCCCACACCACCAAAGUCCGCCAGUCUCUUCAUCUGUCCAUAGAUCCAUCGCCUUACCACCAUUUUCGUGCUUCAUCAUCGGAUUCAAAUACGUCAUCGUCAGAUUCUGCAACGACCAGCUCAGGGACCAUGGAGAGCUCUCCGCUGUCUUCCAUGCCCGAGGAGGGCAUAAUAUGCACGGUGUUGUGCAUGUAUGAUUUCCAGUCGGACGAUCCCAGCCACCUGUCCUUCAGCAAGAACGAAAUGCUCGACAUCAUCACGCAGGAGGCAACUGGAUGGUGGGCAGCGAUGCGACGUGGAGCCUCUGUCGUCGGCUGGAUACCGCAAGCCUUUGUGCGCCCGCUUUCGAUGGAAAUGACGGAGAGACUGCGCAAUAUCCGAGAAGAACUUCGCGUCUUUGAAUAUGACGCUGAGCAGCUCUACAACUCUGCACCUAUUUCACGGCUAUCCUGCGACCUCGAGCCUCAGCGCUCUUUGCUUACAGACACAGAAAGACAUGUGUCUGUUCGGUCACAGCGAUCUUUGCCCGAGACUCACCAGAGACCGUACCACCCGCCCUCUCCAAAGACACCAGUACCUCAUCCUCCUUCGAUAGCCGUGCCCAUGAAGUGCAUGCUGAAGAACCCCUUCUGCAUGUAUGACAUCUCGUCAAGGGGCAGGCUCGCUGGCACCCACGCGCCUCUCUCACCUCUCCGAAAUACCCCACGGCCAUAUUAUUCGGACCACGAGUCGGACGCUGAAUCUCCGUCUGCCUCUGACAGGCGACGCUUGGAAAAGAUUAAGCAGCUUACGGGAAGCGAGGAAGCGGUCUCGUUCAUCAGCAUUGUCCAAGCUCAGGCCAAUUCCCCAUGGUAUAUGAAAUCGCGGCACUCAGAUCAGCUAAGGUUUGACAGCGACGGACAGGUCCGAUCCGGGACGACAGAGGCUUUGCUGGAGAAGCUCACGGCGGAAACCUCGAAAGAUGUUAUCAAGGCCGCACGGGAAACAUCGUUUCGAAAUGCGUUUCUGAUGACGUUCCGGACGUUUAUGACUGCCGAUCAGCUGUUCGCCGCACUUGUGGGUGUUUAUGCUAUGGAGUACCCUAGCAGGAUAACGGAUUCAGAAUACGAAGAAUGGAAAGAGAAAUGCUCUCUGCCUACACAACGUAUAGUGCUGACUAUCUUUACUAUGUGGCUCGAAGAUCAUCGGCUACUCGAGGAGGAGCCCCACAUAGCCCAGCGCCUCACUAAUUUCCUCAACGACGUAAUUCCUCCCCUUGCCGUGACGGCUAAAUUGAUUGUUAAAUCCAUUGAGCGGCUGACAUUUGCCAGUCCCUGCGUGGAAACGCCCGUAUUAUCUCCUCGUCGGAGAAGAAAAUCUCGCGAUCACAAAGGCGACCUUCUCCGCCUUGACCCCACAGAUUUGGCCGAACAGUUAUCGCUAUUUGAGUACACUCUUUAUAGCAAAGUCACUCCUCAAGAUUGCUUGCUAUAUGCAAAAUCGCCUCAGUUAGCCCCCAAUCUCAACAACUUCUGCGCCACCCAUGACAAACUGGCGACCUGGGUAACCUUUAGUGUUCUGAACAACGAUGCCCUAGGAAAACGGGCGGAUACUAUUGAUUUCUGGAUCAAAGUCUCCGAGAAAUGCCGAAAUAUGAACAACUUUGCAUCUAUGAGCGCGCUUAUCACAGCGCUUAACAGCGUCGUCAUCACACGGUUACAUCUCACAUGGGCCCAUGUGGGGCGAAAGGCGAAUCUCGACGCGUUGUUGAAAUACAGCGAACCGUCUGGAGGCUUCGCGGCGUUUCGAAAUCUUCAGAGUAAUGCCGAGGGUCCUUGCGUGCCUUUUGUUGGGAUGUACCUUACUGACAUCGCCCACAUCAAGGAUCAAUUUGAGGACAUUGACGACGAUGGCCAAAUUGUGUUUAUCAAGCGGCAACGGUGGUAUGAGACAAUUACGCAGAUGCUACGACAUCAGUCGAAACCGUAUAAUAUCGGAGAGAGUGUAUCUAUCCGUGGCUUUGUUUCUUUGCAUCUACGGACAAAUGGUACGAAGGAUUCGAGUUUGGCUUGGACAAAAAGUCAAGAGGUACAGCACUCAGAGUUGGCACAUGCAGAUAUUCGUAGGGGAUUAGAAGCUGCCGGAUUUUAGGUUUCGUCCUUGUGUUUUUACUUUGAAUUUAUGCAUGCGUACAUAGUGGAGGGGGUAGUUAAUAUUCAACUUUGCAGGGCUGCCAUGGCCCCUAAUCAUGGACC